AUGGCGAAAACUGCUUACCUUGGCCUCAUGGCUGCUUCUCUUGCUUCUCUUACUUCUGCCUUCCCACUCGAUGAACGCACCGUCAAUGUCUGCCCUGCAGUUGACCUGGUGGUUGAUCUACUCAAGCUCUAUCCGUCCGCCUCGCCUUUCUGUUCGACCUUCCUCGGAAUCAAGACGGCAACAACGACCUCUACUGCGCAGUUUACCUCGCCUGUAACUACAGUCAUUCCGACCACCACCACCACAAUCACCAUCACGGCAUCUACUGUAACCAGCUACGACGUGUCCUCCACCACAAUUACAACAUGUAUUCCCGGUGCUGCCAAACGCGACCUGGCCAAGAGAAAGGCCACCACUACGUCGACCGCCUCAUCCACCUCCAUCCCGGCUUCAAUCAGCAUUGCUGGAACUUGCAGCGGCUGUCCCAACCUUUUGAAGAACAUCGCUUGCACAGCUAUCUCUAGUGCAUGCAAGUGCCUCGGCGUUCCUACGCCCACCUCAACCGUCUAUGUGAGCACGACAUACGUCCCUGUGGUCACCUCCUACUUGGGUGUUGCUGCCACCCAGACUACAGUAGUGACCACAACCGUUCCAACCACAUCUACUUCCACGGUCGUGUCAUGCCCGAAGCCUUCAAUUUGUGGCAACCAAGGAAUUCAGUUUGCAUACUAUGCCGAUGAACCUUGGGGUGACGAUGUCGCUGACAUGGAUCCUUCGUACUACUGGAAUGUCGGCCCUGACUACCAAAGUACAACAACCGAGGUUGGAGGCAUUAAUGAACCUGCCGGCUCCACCGUAGAUCUGUAUGGCACUGGCAAGGACGUCCCUGCCAGUUACUUCGUCCUGAACCACCGCGGAUACAUCUUUGCCCAAGUCGACGGCGAUUACACAUUCACCACCUCCAAUGCCGACGACAUUGUCUUCUUGUACCUUGGAGCUGCCGCAUACAAGGGCUACAGCUUGAACAACUACAAUGCCGAGGCUGUCUGCUGCAGCUAUCCAGGCAACACUGCCAGCGCCACCCAUACUCUCAAGACCGGAGACUAUCUUCCUUUCCGUAUUGUGUUUGGCCAGCAGGGCGGACCGGUGGUCUUUAGUUUCACCAUCACUGCACCCGAUGGAACCGUUAUCCUCGAUUCCAGCACUCAAAACUCUGACUUUAUUGUUCAGUUCUCGUGUGAUGGAACCUCUGCUCCUGCUUUCCCUGCUUGGGGUAACGAGCAGGCUUAG